UGACUGGCAGAGCCGCGGCGGUGACAGGCAGAGCAGAGCGGCUGCGGCGGCCUUGGGGAAGCGGGGGAGCUGGGAGCAGACCGCCGAAAAGCAGUUCAGCCAGGCCCGGCCGGGAAGGCAUCAGGCCGCGCUGGCGGCGGCAGCGGUAGCCACGAUGAUGGAGAUCCAGAUGGACGAGGGCGGCGGGGUGGUGGUGUACCAGGACGACUACUGCUCGGGUUCGGUGAUGUCGGAGCGAGUGUCAGGCCUGGCGGGCUCCAUCUACCGCGAGUUCGAGCGGCUCAUCAGCUGCUAUGACGAGGAGGUGGUGAAAGAGCUGAUGCCGCUCGUGGUGAACGUGCUCGAGAACCUGGACUCGGUGCUCAGCGAGAACCAGGAGCACGAGGUGGAGCUCGAGCUGCUGCGCGAGGACAACGAGCAGCUGCUCACCCAGUACGAGCGGGAGAAGGCGCUGCGCAAGCAGGCCGAGGAGAAGUUCAUUGAAUUCGAAGAUGCCUUGGAACAAGAAAAGAAAGAUCUACAAAUCCAGGUUGAACACUAUGAGUUCCAGACUCGACAGCUAGAGCUAAAAGCCAAAAACUAUGCAGAUCAAAUUUCUCGACUGGAGGAGCGUGAGUCAGAGAUGAAGAAGGAAUAUAAUGCCCUGCACCAGAGACACACAGAGAUGAUCCAGACUUAUGUAGAACACAUUGAACGAUCCAAGAUGCAACAGGUUGGGGGAAAUAGCCAAACAGAGGGCAGUCUACCUGGGAGAAGUCCUCGCCAGUCAUGGAGGAAAAGCAGGAAGGAGCGCCCAACCUCUCUGAAUGUCUUCCCCCUUGCAGAUGGAAUGGUACGUGGACAGAUAGGGGGCAAGAUCAUCCCCACAGUGGACCACUGGCACCUGAGUGACCUCGGCCAGCUGCAGUCCAACUCCAGCUACAAGUGUCCACAUGAUGAGAUGUCUGAAUCAGGCCAGUCUUCUGCUGCUGCCACGCCCAGCACCACUGGCACCAAGUCCAAUACACCAACAUCCUCAGUGCCCUCUGCUGCUGUCACCCCCCUGAAUGAGAGUCUGCAGCCCUUAGGCGACUAUGGUCUUGGAGCAAAGAACAGCAAACGCGCAAGAGAGAAACGCAACAGUCGCAACAUGGAAGUCCAGGUCACCCAAGAAAUGAGGAAUGUCAGCAUAGGGAUGGGCAGUAGUGAUGAAUGGUCUGAUGUCCAAGACAUCAUAGAUUCCACACCAGAGCUAGACAUGUGCCAGGAACCUCGAUUGGAACGUACUGGAAAUAGUCCAACCCAAGGAAUUGUCAACAAGGCCUUUGGCAUCAACACUGAUUCCCUGUAUCAUGAGCUGUCUACAGCAGGUUCUGAAGUCAUUGGGGAUGUGGAUGAAGGUGCAGACCUACUAGGGGAGUUCUCAGGAAUGGGCAAAGAAGUGGGAAAUCUAUUGCUAGAGAAUUCACAACUCCUGGAGACCAAAAAUGCUUUGAAUGUGGUGAAGAAUGAUCUGAUUGCCAAGGUGGACCAAUUGUCUGGGGAACAGGAGGUGCUGAAGGGAGAAUUGGAAGCCACAAAGCAGGCCAAAGCCAAAAUGGAGACCAGAGUCAAGGAGCUAGAAGAGGAACUCAAACGAGUGAAGUCUGAGGCCAUCAUUGCACGACGUGAACCCAAAGAAGAGGUGGAGGAUGUAAGCAGCUAUCUCUGUACAGAAUUGCAGUGCUCCUCCCCCCUGCAGGACAACAUUCCUAUUGCUCAGCGUCGCCGUUUCACCCGUGUAGAGAUGGCCCGUGUCCUUAUGGAACGUAACCAGUACAAGGAGAGGCUGAUGGAGCUCCAGGAAGCUGUGAGGUGGACAGAGAUGAUCAGGGCUUCCCGAGAGCACCCAUCUGUCCAGGAGAAGAAGAAAUCAACUAUCUGGCAAUUCUUCAGCCGCCUCUUCAGUUCUUCCUCCAGCCCACCUCCUGCAAAGAGGUCCUAUCCAUCAGUAAACAUCCACUACAAGUCACCCACCACAGCUGGAUUCAGCCAGCGCCGCAGCCAUACCAUGUGCCAGAUCUCCGCUGGCAGCCGCACCCUGGAAUUCUUCCCUGAUGAUGACUGCACAUCCUCAGCCCGGAGAGAACAGAAGCGUGAACAAUACCGACAAGUCCGAGAACACGUACGCAAUGAUGAUGGGCGACUGCAAGCCUGUGGCUGGAGCCUUCCUGCCAAGUAUAAGCAGUUGAGUCCCAAUGGAGGCCAAGAAGAUACCAGAAUGAAGAAUGUUCCUGUGCCUGUGUACUGCCGCCCACUAGUAGAAAAAGACCCUACCAUGAAACUGUGGUGUGCAGCUGGGGUCAACCUGAGUGGUUGGAAGCCAAGUGAAGAGGACUCUGGGAAUGGAACCAAGCCAUCUUUGGGUCGUGACCCUCUGACCUGUGACCGUGAGGUGGAAGGAGAGAACAAGAGUAAUCACACGUCUCCAGAAAAGAAAAAGGGGAAGGAGCUGCAUGAGAUGGAUGCCACCUCAAGUCGAGUCUGGAUUCUCACCAGCACCCUGACCACAAGUAAAGUGGUAAUCAUUGAUGCCAACCAGCCAGGCACAGUGGUGGACCAGUUUACUGUUUGCAAUGCCCAUGUUCUCUGCAUUUCCAGUAUUCCUGCGGCCAGUGACACUGACUAUCCCCCUGGUGAGAUCUUCCUGGAGGGUGACAUGAACCCCGAGGAUUCAGGGGCUGAUGGGGUCCUAGCCGGGAUCACAUUGGUGGGGUGUGCCACCCGAUGUAAUGUGCCACGAAGCAACUGUUCCUCUCGUGGAGAUACCCCUGUGUUGGACAAAGGGCAGGGGGAAGUAGCCACUGUCAGCAAUGGGAAGAUCAAUCAGUCUCAGUCCACAGAGGAAGCAACAGAAGCCACCGAGGUGCCAGAACCAGGCCCCAGUGAAGUUGAGGUGGCCUCAGUUCGGCCUGGAACCCUCACUGAGCAUGUCUUCACGGAUCCAGCCCCAACUCCGACUGUCAGCAGUCAGCCAAGCAGUGAGAAUGGGCCGAAGGUGGACCCCAGUACCACACAACAAGAACAGGAAGCAACCGGGGACCCCAGUGUAGCAGGCACCAGUGCUGCUCCCACCAUGUGGCUGGGAGCGCAGAAUGGUUGGCUCUAUGUGCACUCAGCAGUGGCCAACUGGAAAAAGUGUCUGCAUUCUAUCAAGCUGAAGGACUCCGUUCUGAGCCUGGUGCAUGUAAAAGGUCGGGUGCUGGUAGCAUUAGCAGAUGGAACGUUGGCCAUCUUUCACCGUGGGGAAGAUGGCCAGUGGGACCUCAGCAACUACCAUCUAAUGGACCUGGGCCACCCACACCACUCCAUCCGCUGCAUGGCUGUCGUCUAUGAUAGGGUCUGGUGUGGCUAUAAGAACAAGGUUCAUGUCAUCCAGCCAAAAACAAUGCAGAUAGAGAAGUCAUUUGAUGCCCAUCCACGACGGGAGAGUCAGGUGCGGCAGCUGGCAUGGAUUGGCGAUGGUGUAUGGGUGUCCAUCCGCUUGGAUUCUACAUUGCGGCUCUACCAUGCCCACACCCAUCAGCACCUGCAGGAUGUUGACAUUGAACCUUAUGUCAGCAAGAUGCUGGGCACUGGCAAAUUAGGUUUCUCCUUCGUUCGCAUCACGGCUCUUCUUAUCGCGGGCAACCGUCUCUGGGUGGGCACAGGCAAUGGUGUCGUCAUCUCCAUCCCACUAACUGAGACGGUUGUCCUGCACCGUGGUCAGCUCCUUGGGCUCCGUGCCAACAAGACAUCCCCCACAUCAGGGGAGGGACCUCGACCUGGUGGCAUCAUCCAUGUGUAUGGAGAUGACAGUAGUGACAGGUCAGCCAGCAGCUUCAUCCCUUAUUGUUCCAUGGCACAGGCCCAACUGUGCUUCCAUGGCCACCGGGAUGCUGUCAAGUUUUUUGUCUCUGUGCCAGGAAAUGUGCUAGCGACCCUCAAUGGUAGUGUGCUGGACAGCCCCUCAGAGAACCCUGGCCCUGCAGCCUCGGACCCUGAGGGCCAGAAGUUGAAGAAUGUGCUUGUGUUAAGUGGUGGUGAAGGUUACAUUGAUUUCCGGAUCGGUGACGGAGAAGAUGAUGAAUCAGAAGAGAAUGCAGGGGAUGUGAAUCAGGUGAAACCCAUGUUGUCCAAGGCUGAGAGGAGCCACAUCAUUGUGUGGCAGGUCUCCUACAUUCCUGAGUGAGAGCCUGCUGCUCACCGGCCACCCCAUCCCUCCUGCCUGAAUGCCAAGGUGUACAUACAGAACUCCUGCCCUCCUCCCACUGCCAGGGAUGCAGCCAGCCCCUCCAGGUGGCCGAAGCACCUGCCUGCCCUUUUUCUAACCUCUCAAUGUGCAGCUUUCACCAUAGGACUGGAGGCUUCUCGAGCAGGCGGGGAGGAUGUGGCAGACUUGGCAAAAGAAAGGGGGAAUGGAGAAUGCCAGAGCAAGGUGGGGGAGUGUAGACAAUUGGACAGGGGCAGUAGGAGUCUAGGGGCCAACCUGAGCCAGAAGCCUGUGGCAGACUGUCUUGCAUGAAUUGGGCACCGGGUUCUAGACUGAAUAGCAGACAACCCAGGGUACUUUCUGGAGCACAUUUUUAUCUGGGCUUUUGUCCACCAAGUCACACUUGCAGGCAGUGGGGGAGGUUAUGCCAAUGAACUCCUCCACUUUGAGCCUUCCUCUCCUCCUCUCCUGCCCCACCCCUGUUUCAUUUAGAAUUUCUGUGCAUGUUAGGGGCCUAGGCUUCUGGCCCCUGCUAAGAGAAGUAGCCUAGGAGAGGGUGAGCACUGCCUUAAGGGGCAUUGGUGGUCAUACUGACCUGUUAAUCCUGAGGCUUAGGAGCUAUCUUCCUCCACAUAAAGAGGAGGGGUCUGCUCUGGACUUUGGCCCACCACACAUGCUCAGUUGGAAACCUAACAGUGAGCCCAGGUCUCAUGCCCUCCCACAGGCCACUGAGCAUGAGGUGACCUGCAUUCUGGGGCCACAAGUUGUGCAAGCCUCUUCUCCCUCCUUCCCUGACUGGCUACACUUCAGCUUUACUGCACUCUAGCCCAGGCUCAGUGCUUAAACUGUACCUGCCACCCUGCUCCCUUCAGGUUCCUCACUCUUCCUAGGGUUUGAGAAGGUGUAGACACCAGUCCUGGACUGUCUCUCUCAGGGGUCAGCCUCUUGCCUUGAAUCUCCGAAGGCAAUAAAAGCAUAGUGUGCCCAGGUGCUGUGUAAAGAUGUCCUCCCAGAGUAGGAAUGCCUAUAGAGUUCAAGCUCCCUGGCCACAUUAUUAAGUGCCUAGGGUUGGCCUGGGAGGUUUGCUGUCCUGGAGCAGAUACCUGCUACUGGGAGCUAGGAAAAGGAGCCAUCUUGGGCCAGGCUCCAGUGGUGAGGGAAAGAAGCGGCUCAGCUGGGAUGAGGUUUGGCUCCCAAUGGGUUCUUCAGAAAGAAAUUGGUGCCACUGGCCCAUAGCCCUAUGGCCUACUGAAUUAAAUAGUAGUUUCACAGACUGUGCUUCAGUGGCCACCAGCCCUGGGGGAUGGCCUUACCUAUGUCUCCCCCACCCCCAGAUCGGAGUUGCUGUUUAGGCCCCUGGGGAUAAAGGAUUGAGUUUUUACAAGACUCCCAGCUGCCAGUCUCAGCCUUCUUAAGACUGUAUAGGGCAGCCUAAGCAUCCCCCAUCCAGCUCCAUUAUCCUCUAAGAGAAGCACACUAUCGAGGGCAACCCCAGGUGUAGAGCCCAUCCCCUCCCCCUCAGUUGUGUGGUGAAAGGUGAAAGCUGACUGGCUUCUCCACUUCUCCCUGCCAUCUUUCCACUGUGAUGUAUGUAAAGUUCAUUCUAUGUUAUAAAAGGAUUUCCAAGUGUCUUUGAAGGCCUGAACACUGCACAGUUAGCACUGAGACUGGUGUCCUUGUAAAGAGAGGGCAGUAGGAAUAAUCUCCCCAGGCUUUGGCCCUGCAACUGAACCAUGUACCUGUUCUGUAUGUAAUAAAUGUGUUAAAUCAUCCCUGAAGCUUUCUUUAA